GGAAAACCGUUCGUGGUUUGAGAGAGACGUUUGAAACUGUAGCGAAAACACCGAAACGCUCCUAUCGGCUUAAAUGAAGUUUAAGGAACAGUUUUGUUGGAGCGCAACAACCGGGCGACGUUUACCGUUUAUUAUUUUGGAGGGUUUUUGCCCCUUAAAGCACGCAACUGUUAGCUAGUCUGGUCGGAGGGCUUUUUUUGUUUUUUUUAAAAAGCCCCCAUAGGUGUAAAUUGUAUCCCAUCUGAAAUGGGUGAGGUUUGCCUGCUCAUACAAAAGACUUGCGCUGCCUCUUCAGUCAACUGGAGUGAAUCCGUGUCGUUUGGCUCUCGGUAGAUUAUUUGUCGCCUCCCGCCUCAAAACACAGCUGACCUUUCUCCUUUUUUAAUGUGUGUAACAUUUUAUUUGGAGAGCUUUGUGUUGGAGGCAGGUAGCGCCCCAUAGACACGGGGAGGUGGAGAUGUAUGGCAGCCCGUGGGAAAGAGCCGGACUUAGCAUGUUAUUGGAGAAACUGACUCUACACUGGCAGUCUCUUUCAUGCUAAUGUAAUGGAAACGCGCUUCGGUCACCCCCAGUAGCAUCUGAAAUGCAUCAGCGGAAAUAUAUCAGCAACUCCCAUGGCUAAUUGUAUCAAGCGGUGGUGGCUUGAGUUUGCCAGUGGAUGCACUCAAGAGCCGGGUGCCCUGCCAUGCCCUCCGCCAUGCUAAAGCAACACACUCAUAAUAACAAGGAGCACUCAGUUCAACCAGUGGGAAAGCUCUGGAAAAAGUUGGUGGAAAAUCUAUGGUUUGAGUCCUUUUUUUUUUUUUUUUAAAUUUUGACCUAGAUAUUCUGUAACGCACCAAGGCUCUGCUGCUUUUCCUGCCAUCUACAGCAGCUCUGCUUCUUUCUCCACUUUCACUCAAGUUGCAUUCAUCCCGGCUCCUUCUUCUUAACAUCAAUACCGAGUACAGUUAAGUGCAACCUGCUUUCUGAGAGGUACAUUUUUGGCUGACAAAAUGGAUUUCCGAAUGUACAGCUGGGCUUUGUGGGAGUUGAAAAUGUGAGGGGCAGAACGAAGGGACCCCUAUGAAGAGGAGGAAUAGGUGGAACAGCAGCACAAGAUCAAAAUGGCCCAAACCAGUUUGCUGCAGGGGAAGCGCUUUUACUGCCGGGAGUGGGUCUUCCAUAAGAUCCAGCAUUGCCUCCAGGAGAAAACCAACAACCUCAGUGGAGUGACCAGCACUCCCAGUAAGCAGCAGCAGCCGCCGCUGGCGCCCUGCGGGGGCGCAUCCAAUCCGGGUAGCCUGACGGCAGGAUCCACCAAGUCAGGUAGCUCCUGGGGGGUGCUGCUGGUGGGAGGGCCGGGAAGCGGGAAGACUGCGCUGUGCACGGAGCUGUUGUGGCCCACGUCCGCGCAGGGAACCCACCGGGGUCUGCACCAGCAAAGCCUGGCUUUCCACUUCUGCCGGGCGGACGACUCGGACACGCUGUGCGUCGGCGGGUUCAUCCGGGGUCUGGUGGGUCAGAUCUGCCGCAGCGGGCUGGUGCCGGGAUAUGAGGAGAAGGUGCGUGACCCAGCUGUGCAGAGCACUUUGCAGCCUGGAGAGUGUGAGAGGAACCCCACAGAGGCUUUCAAGAGAUGUGUCCUCUUGCCUCUCCUGAGCGUGAAGCCUCCUCAGCAGUCUCUCUUCCUGCUUGUGGACUCUAUCGACGAGGGCUGUCUGUUGGGCGAGGGGGAGCAGAGGUCGUCCCCCGGCUCCCCCAGGACCAUCGCCGAGCUCCUGGCCAGUCAUCACGAGUUCCUGCCUCCGUGGCUCCUGCUCAUCUGCUCCGCACGACGACAGAACAAGGCCAUCACCAAACUCUUCACAGGAUUCCGCAAAAUCAGCCUCGACGAUCUGCGCAAGGCAUACAUCGUCAAGGAUGUGCAGCAGUACAUCCUCCACAGGCUGGACCAGGAGGAGGCCCUGAGGCAGCACCUGACCAAGGAGACGGCAGAGAUGCUCAACCAACUCCACAUCAAGAGCAGCGGCUGCUUCCUCUACCUGGAGCGAGUUCUGGACGGCGUGGUGGAGAACUUCAUCAUGCUUCGCGAGAUCCGUGACAUCCCUGGCACUCUCAACGGCCUCUACCUGUGGCUCUGCCAGAGACUAUUUGUCAGAAAACAGUUUGCCAAAGUCCAACCCAUCCUCAACGUAAUCCUGGCAACUUGCAGGCCACUCACAGUCAAAGAACUGUACCAUGCAGUCUGGACCAAAAACAUGACACUGACUAUGGAAGAGUUUCAGAAAAAGAUGGACAUUCUCUCCAAGUUGUUGGUUGAUGGUCUUGGGAGUACUAAGAUCCUUUUUCACUACAGUUUUGCAGAGUGGCUACUGGAUGUUAAGCAUUGCACCCAGAAGUACUUGUGCAAUGCAGCAGAGGGACACAGAAUGUUGGCAAUGAGUUACACCUGCCGGGCAAAGCAGCUUAAACCACUCGAAGUGCAGGAAUUUGCACUACACCUCGUCAAUUCCAAUCUGCAGAUUGAGCCCUUUAAUCUGGCUCUUUGGAUGGUUUGGAAUGGAACUCCUGCUAAGGACUCUCUGACCACUUCCAUACCCAGAGAGCAGGAGGUCCUGCAACUUCUGGUCAAAGCUGGAGCUCAUGUAAACAAUGAGGAUGAUCACGCCUCAUGUAUUGUACAACAGGCUCUGGAAAGAGAGGACUCGAUACGGACAUUACUUGACAAUGGGGCAUCUGUGAACCAGUGUGACUCCACUGGAAGAACUCUGCUGGCCAACGCUGCAUACAGCGGAAACCUCGAUGUGGUCAAUUUGCUCAUAUCCAGAGGGGCAAACAUGGAGCUAGAAGACAACCACGGACAAACAGCACUUACUCUUGCUGCAAGGCAGGGCCACACCAAAGUGGUCAACUGUCUAAUUGGCUGCGAGGCCAACAUAAACCACACAGACCAUGACGGGUGGACGGCCCUCCGCUCAGCAGCUUGGGGUGGGCAUUCAGAGGUUGUAUCUGCUCUGCUCUACGCUGGUGCCAAAGUGGACUGUGCCGAUGCUGAUGGUAGAACUGCUUUGAGAGCUGCGGCUUGGGGAGGUCAUGAAGACAUAGUGUUGAACCUUCUCCAGCAUGGGGCCGAGGUCAACAAAGCAGACAAUGAAGGAAGAACGGCUCUCAUUGCUGCAGCAUACAUGGGGCACAGAGAGAUUGUGGAGCACCUCUUAGACCACGGGGCUGAAGUGAAUCAUGAAGAUGUGGACGGGAGGACUGCCCUCUCAGUCGCUGCUCUCUGUGUCCCCGCAAGUAAAGGCCAUGCCUCUGUCGUGAGCCUCCUGAUCGACAGGGGAGCAGAGGUUGACCACUGUGACAAAGACUGCAUGACCCCUCUCCUCGUGGCUGGCUAUGAAGGACACGUUGAUGUAGUUGAUCUUCUUUUGGAAGGCGGAGCCGAUGUGGAUCACACGGACAACAACGGCCGCACCCCUCUCCUCGCUGCUGCAUCAAUGGGCCACGCCUCUGUUGUCAACACAUUACUUUUCUGGGGGGCCGCUGUUGAUAGCAUCGACAGCGAGGGAAGGACUGUGCUGAGCAUUGCAUCUGCUCAGGGUAACGUGGAGGUGGUCAGAACUCUGCUGGACAGAGGUCUGGAUGAGAAUCACAGGGACGACGCAGGCUGGACCCCGCUGCACAUGGCUUCGUUUGAGGGCCACCGCCAAGUGUGCGACGCCCUAAUUGAGCAAGGUGCUCGUUGUACAGAGGUAGAUAAUGAUGGUAGAAUACCGCUGAUAUUAGCUGCACAAGAGGGACAUUAUGACUGUGUGCAAAUUCUUCUGGAAAACAAGUCAUGCAUUGACCAGAGGGGAUACGAUGGGAGGAAUGCUCUCAGGGUGGCUGCACUAGAGGGCCACAGGGACAUUGUUGAACUGCUGCUGAGCCACGGUGCUGAUAUAGAUUACAAAGACGCAGAUGGACGCCCAACACUCUACAUAUUGGCACUUGAAAACCAGCUGGCCAUGACAGAGUAUUUCCUUGAAAAUGGAGCAAAUGUGGAAGCCUGUGACACCGAGGGCAGAACGGCCCUCCACGUGUCCUGCUGGCAAGGGCAUGUUGAAAUGGUGAGGCUGCUGAUUAACUAUCACGCUGAUGUGAACGCCUGUGACAAUGAGAAGCGAUCAGCCCUCCAGUCUGCUGCGUGGCAAGGCCACACAAAAGUCGUGCAGUUUUUGAUAGAGAAUGGCACACAUGUGGAUCAUACUUGCAACCAGGGAGCGACAGCACUGGGGAUAGCUGCGCAGGAGGGUCACAUUGAUGUUGUGCAAAUACUUCUUGAGAAUGGCGCCGACCCCAACCACGCUGACCAGUUUGGGCGCACAGCAAUGAGAGUGGCAGCGAAAGGUGGCCAUUCGAUGAUCAUAAAACUUCUGGAAAAAUAUGGGGCCACAACUCUGAAUGGCUGCAAUCCCUCCCCAGUACACACCAUGGAAGAAAAAACACCACUGACAGUGACUGGUAAAAUGCAGUCCCUCACUAUUAAAUCAAGUAGUUCUGGCAGCACCGGCGCAGGAGAUAUGCAGUCGUCCGGACGCGGCAUACCCAACGGACCUGUCCACGCUUUCAGUUCGCCAUCAGAAUCUCCUGACUCCACUGUAGAUAGACAGAAAUCCUCCUUGUCAAAUAACUCCCUCAAGAGUUCAAAGAACUCCUCCUUGAGAACCACAUCGUCUACAGCCACAGCACAGACUGUGCCGAUCGACAGUUUUCACGGACUGACAUUCACAGAGCAAAUCCAGCAACACUCACUGCCUCGCAGCCGGAGCAGACAGUCUAUCGUGUCCCCUUCCUCCACAACUAAGUCCAUCGGUCAGCAGCCGUCAUCUCCAUCCAACGACUUUGACUGGUCUCAGUUAAAACCAGGUCUCAAGUCAACAAAGGGAAGUAAGACCGGAAAUGGGACCUCAAACGGUAAAGGAGACAAGAAAAAAAGCAAGAACAGCAGCUCAACACAAGGUCAGGUUUUGGAGUACGAGAUGACGCAGUUUGACAAGAGGAUCGCCCUCAACAAAUCAGUAGCGAACAUUUCAGUGAAGGAUCCCCACUGUAAGAUCAUGAUCGGCGGCUCAAAUCAGCAGGAACGGGGACAAGGCCAAGACCAGUUCUUUAUCCAGCAGCAGAGCUGUGCUGAGAAGAAGAGGAACGGCAUCAUGACCAACCCCAACUAUCAUCUACAGGGUAAUCAGGUUUUCCUGGGUAGGGUAUCAGUUCCUCGGACUGUGCAGAACAGAGGCCACCAGGACGUUCUAGAGAACUAUCCCAUAGGGGAAACCGAGCUAAGCCUUAAACAAGCCCUGAAACUGCAGAUUGAAGGAUCAGACCCUGGGUUUAACUACAAAAAGGAGACUCCAUUAUAGCUGGUAAGACUUGCUUUUCAAAAAUAAUCCUCCUGUUCGUGCUUGUUCAAUUACAUCAAGCAUUUGUCUCAGAGUUGAUGUUAAGGUCAGGGUGACGGCACGUAGGUAAUACUUUGGCUUGUCUGUUCAUUCACAGUGGCUAAUAUAGAGACUAAUAACAGACCUUUAGUUGCUACUGGUUACUUGCACUCAACAGAGCCAUCAUUAGCUGGAUUUAAUCAGACUUGCAUGAAGAAUGCCUCAAUCUGGAUAAAGCAGACUUUUUCCCUCCCAAACAAAACAUUAACUCAGAUUAUUCCUGUACUGUUUCAGAUGUCUUGAAUGCCAUUCGUCAUGCAUACCAUUGGAGGGAAUGUGCCAAAGCAACUGUUCUCAUCUGCAUAAAAAAAAAAAACUUUUUUUUUGUUCAUCAGUGGGAGACCUCAAAAUAAUAAUACCUAGGGAAGAUUGUUGAUUUGCUGCCUAAGGCUUAUGUGAACUGAUACUUCGAUGUGCCUACAUCUGUUACAGCCUUCUUCAUGUAUUCAUGCAAACUAUCAUUUUAAUUUAAUGUAAUGCUAUUUAAUAAACAGUGUAUGCACUUUUAAAAGAGUAAAAUGACAGACAUGCAUUUGUUCUAUUCACUAUGUAUCCCAUCCAUGUUUUAUCAACGUAAUUGUUUGAUAGAAACAUACCAAUGCUUUUUUUUUUUUUUUUUUUUUACUAUUAUUUUAUAAUAUGUUUGUUAUGUCUGUUUUUAUUUUUUCACACUGACAGCAAUGUAACACUGAAUACAUUGUCACAAACCAGAGGACAUAACAGUAACUGAUGCCAUGGUAUGAACUUAAGCGCAUUGAUAGUCUGCCUUUCUAGAGACCCCAAAUAUUCUGUGUUAACCUUGAUCAGUGUGCUAAGCCUAUGUUGUGUGUGAUAUGUUAAUAGCUAUGGCAAUUUAACUUCAUGAGUAUAUACGAGCAUAUUUAUUUUUUUGGAAAAAAGCCACUUUUGCUGCAUUUUUGUGUUGCAUUACGCUCUACCAUGGUGCUGUGUUCAGAAGUUGCCUGCAGUUAUUUUUGGACUCCCAAUUUCUUGGCUUUGUGCAUUUGUGUAUUAUUAAAAAUAUCUAAGAAAGAGAAGGGUGCAUUGAAAAUGUUAAAAAAAAAAAAAAAAAAAAAAAAAAAACUGUUCAUUUUGUCCCUAUGGGAUUUUUGAGUUGUUCGUGUGUUAUGUUUUUGUGUGCAUAAAAAGAUAUUUAAAUAACCCAUUGUGUACCGUCAACAAAAGUUUGGUGCUAAAAUGCAGCGAUUUCAAGUGACAGCAGUGAUUUAAGAAAAAAAACAAAAAAAACAUAAAAUGCAUUUGUCCGCAGAGUUACAUGUAUAACCUACUGCACUGCAAGAAACAAAAUCCAAGCUUUGUUUCCUUAUUGUCAUGUGGUUAAUUUUCAGUAAUUCCUGGUGGAUUUUUUUUUUUUUUUUUCUGGGGCAUGACACAAAACAGCUCAAAAAGGAGGGUUCAGCCAUUAAGAUGACUUGUAGCGGUGUCAGUGAUAUUGUUUGAAAUGCAGAGUUGUAAAGCCAAAGUUGAAACAACAUACUCUGUCCCACCUCCGCCCUCCCACCCCCCUGUGAGAAGCUGACUACCAGCUCAACAGGACUUAACCCUGCGGGAAAAGGGAGGAGAAGGGGGGGGGGUGCUUGACUGUGACGCGGAGGGAACCGAAACAUCUGUUUCUCAUGGACUAUGUGGAGCUGCGUUAGCGUUUACGGGCUGUGUCAUAUUUUUGCAGGCUUUUCAUAAUGUUAACAGUGAACUAUUUUUCGCCAAGAACUGGGAACUUGAGGGGAGGGGGGGGGGGGUAGAAACCUAUCGCAUGCACAAACACUUAUAAGCCCUAGUGAAAGCUCUCAGCUCUUCAGUACUACAGUAGCUCAAAAAGUAUGCCAUGAAGGGUCAAUAGAAGGAUUCAAGGCAGGAUCGGGUCUAGAAACAGUGUUGGAAAACAUACUGUAUAGUCUUAUUAAGCAGUUAUCUUGUUUGUCUUGACUGUGUUUUGUCUGUCAUCUUUGAUUUGACUGUCAGUGAUUGGAUUGUAAAUAGCUUCCCAUGUACAUUCAACUUUCAGUUAAAAAGAAUUCCUGUAUUAUAUGAAGUGGAAUUUUCUGAUGUAUAUUAAAGUGCUUAAUAAACAUAUUUGCUUUACUGCUGAAAAA